ACACACACAGAGAGAGACACACACACACGAACAAAGAGAGGUACAUUAGGUACAAGAAAGCUGAGAGAUCCCUUGGCAUCGACAGCUGAAUUAAAACAUUAGAUGUGGGUACUGAUCAGGUGAGAUGUGGGUAUUAAUCAGGUGAGAUGUGGGUAUUGAUCAGAUGUGGAGAACAGCAUUAAAGGCAGUGGACUUCCUCGUCCACACACACACACACACUCCUGACUUUUAUGAUCUAAUCACAUUAGGCAUGUUCAGGUGUCCAGCGAGCUUAGUUGUAGGGAACCAGUGAGAAAGUGGUUGUGGUGACAGACAGAGAGGAAACUAAGGAAGUGAGAGUAAACAGAGAGGAAAGUGAAGAAAGUGAGAGUCUAUGUUGAGAAGGCAGAGUAACGACACAGGCGAAUGCUAGAGCCCUGAUCCCCACUCACUGCAUCAUGCCUUGUGUCUCCGGCUGUAUCCAAGCAGCGGUGGCUCUCUGCGUCCUCCUGUUUCUUCGCCACCUGUCUGCGCCGACCGAGCAGCAUGGCGAUCAGAACAAGCGCCACCCCCACCCCUGCAUGACGUCAUCACGUCCCUCCUCGUACCACACCUUCCUGAAGCGUCACUUGCCUCAAGACCAGCCUGACUCUCUCGACCAGAACCAGUGGCAGGCAUUCAUUGCGGAGCACAAAUUCUGUCACCGGCCCACGCAGUCCUUCCUCCGCCACGAGGACCAACAACAGGUGGUGGGUGUGUGCUCGCCAGACGGAGGCAGGACGCUGGAGGACAACCUGUGUAUCAGCGGACGGAAUUUUACCUUCGUCACGGUGCGCAUUCGCAAAAACACCUGUGAAAUCAAGAAACUCAAGCGUGAGACUAAGCAUCUCAUCCUGGCCUGCGAUGACAUUGAUGACACAUGCCGACCCGUCCACUUUGAGGGAAAUCCAGAAGACUUGAAGCCUGACAAGAACCGCCAGCCUCCAUGCGAGCGGCCGCGGUCCAGAGUCAGUUCAGAAGCGGAGCUGCCCAUGGCUGGCUGGGCCAGUGUGUUGUUUCCCUUAAGCUUACCAUGGCUUCUGUGGCACUAACUACACAAAGAAGUCAUCCGAACAGAGUCAGAAGUAGGCAACACUUUAAGCAAUUUUUUUAGCAACACACACACACACACACACA